UUGUUUUCACACGUGAGUCACAAUAUUUUCUGUUCAAAACGUUUUUUACCAUUAGGAGUAACCAAGAGAAAUAUGAACAUGUUGAAAACUUUAGCUGUUGUUGUUGUGGUGACUGCCUGCUGUCUAGCACAAAAUACGACAACUCCUGCGCCAUUGCCACAGCUUGUUGAUGCCCUGACAGCCAAUGGACAGUUCACCAUCUUCUUGGACCUUCUAGCACAGACCAACCUUCUGCAGCAAAUCAAUCAAAGUAUUCACUUCGCCGUGUUCGCCCCCACGGACACCGCCUUCAACAGACUCCCCGCCGGCAGUGUUGACGCUCUGAAGGCCGACAAGGCUCAGCUCGAGUCCAUCCUUGGCUACCAUGUUGUCCUCAGCACCAGCUACCACGUCCAGGGGUCCCAGCAGGACCAGACCAUCAAGUCCUCCAACAACCUGCCCAUCAGGAUCAACACCUACAGCAUCCUGCACGCGAACACAGUCGAGGGAGUAAACAUCACGAUAAGAAAUAUUCAUGUCUACCACGGGUACGCCCAUGGCAUCGACGGCAUCAUGACGCCGCCCCUGGGAAAUGUGGUGGACAUCGGCGCUAACAGAUCCGACUUCUCUAUAUUUGAGUCGCUGGUUACAAAAGCUAACCUGGCCAGUUUCUUUACAAAUGACCAUUCAACGACAUUCUUCGUCCCCAACAACGACGCCUUCGCCAAGCUCAGCAACCAAACAUUGGACUACCUCAACACCCACGUCUCUGCUUUAACAGAGGUUCUCAAGUACCACAUGGUCAAAGAGUACUCACUCUACAGUGUCGGCAUGAAGCACACGCUGACCGUUGAUUCUGCUGACCAGCAUCAUGACACACUCAUGAUUCUAGAGGAUGGUAGUGGAAACAUUUUUGUCAACCAUGCGAAGAUAAUCGAGAAGGACAUCAGUUCAAUUAACGGGGUCAUUCAUGUUGUGGAUACCGUACUUGUUCCAAUACGUGUGCAGGUUCAGAUCGAAGACCAAGGCAUCAUCGUGGGCUAACUGCUGCAAUAUCAAUGCUGCUAAUAUAUUGAUUUUAUAUUUCUGUGUUUUAAUUUAUAUAAAUCAUACUUGACACACUA